CACGAGUGGGCAAAUUUGUUUAUAUAAGAAAAACAUGUUAUUCGAUGGAUUAUACGAAUUUCGAAACUGAAUAAGUAAUGGGAUUUCGUACCGUUCGGUUCGAGUUUUACUUUUCUCUUAAAACUCUGUGCAUGGAAGAGUGAGCGAAUCAUAUUUCACAUGAAAACGGUAACAGAGACAGUUUUACGAAACAAUUCACGGUUCGAUGGGAUUCGUAAGGAACAUAGGCUCCCUUUGAAUGAAAAGUUCAUAGACGCUUCCGCUUGGUGCCAGCACUUUCCAAGGAAGCGGUGAAUCGUUCCCGUGCUACAUCUGUCGGCGACUAGUUGAAGCAGUGGCCGAUCCGUGCAGUACAGUACCUCUCUAGCUUUCCGAAGCGGCACUUGGUUAUUUUCGCAUCCGUGCGAAAUCCCGAACGAACGAGCGGAGAGAGCCGCGUCGCCAUCUUUAGGAACGGUACCGACUGCCUCCGCUACCGCCGCCUGUCCCGUUCUAAGAGGGCAAAGUCAAUCCGCGAGUAUAGUAAAACAAUUAGUGUAUUUAGUGCGAUAGCGCGUACAGUAAUUCCCCUAUCGCGAGGAGACGCGAAACAUAACCGUACGCGAUGUUCAUUUAAUACGGGACGGAGUCAAAGUUUUUUGCGCGCGUGUGUGUGUCCCGUGUAAGUUCAGCAGACGACGUUUCGUAAGAGUUGGAGGGUUGGGAACGAACAAAAAUCAAAACGUCGUUCUCUCGCUCGUACGACCCUCGUUCAAGCAUCACGACUACGACCGUAAAUUCAGUCGCACGGCACGUUCCGCUGCGAAUCAACCAGUGUGUAGUGUUUUGAUCUGCCGAACCGUGUGGGACAGGCACGUCAAUGGUAGUCGUGGCAGAUGUACGCGGCUACGAAUUAAGACAGGAGUAGAAAAGAAAGGGGGAGGAAGGGAAAGAUUGAGACGGGUGUAGAGAAACGACACCAACGACAGAGACCAGUACAAUUGACAGGAAAGAUGGCGCGAGGUGUGAACGAGGAUUAAUGCUGACCCAUUUUUCCGCGCGAAAUCGCUCGGUCUAAGUUUCUCGUGCGAUUCGAGGUAACCACGAAGGUUCCAAUUCCUCGUUCGCGAGGGUACGGGUACCUGACGUGUGAUUCGAACUGAACCAAGUAAAUAGUAAGCAAAGGGAUACUCCGCUUUCGGUAGGAGUGUAUUCACCGUGCGGUGCGCGCGUGUGCCCUGUUUCUUGCGUAAGUGUGAGUGCCCCUUUCGACGUGUGCGGGUUUCCGUAGAGUCGGCAUUGGCGUGACAUCGUGCCCUGACUGUCAUCGACGUAACGAAAGAACGGUAAAAGACAAAAAAAAAAAAAAGGUGUCGAAAGAGUAACGAAAUACCGGUGCUGGUGGUACCGAUAAGUGUACGCGGAAGAUAGCAAAAUUUCUGAAGAGGCCAGUGGUUCGCGGGGCCUUGAUAGGCUCGGCUCCCGUAGAAGACCAACGAAGACGAAGACGCUGUCUUCGGUAAUUUCACGAGCUGCGUAGAGCCCUGGCCGGCUCGGAUAUCAUCGCAGCUGCUAAGAUGGGCAACAAUGCCGCGACCGCGAACAAAAAGGUUGACGCUGCCGAGAGCGUCAAGCAGUUCCUCGACAAGGCAAAGAAGGAGUUCGAGGAUAAGUGGCAGAAGAACCCGACGAACACCGCCGGUCUCGAUGACUUUGAGCGUAUCAAGACUCUCGGUACCGGCUCGUUCGGUCGUGUCAUGAUAGUCCAACACAAACCGACCAAAGAGUAUUACGCCAUGAAGAUACUCGACAAGCAAAAGGUCGUGAAACUCAAGCAAGUCGAACACACGCUCAACGAAAAGAGAAUACUGCAGGCGAUCAGCUUCCCGUUUCUGGUAUCGCUACGGUUUCACUUCAAGGAUAAUUCCUAUCUGUACAUGGUACUCGAAUACGUACCCGGUGGCGAGAUGUUUAGCCAUCUCCGCAAGGUCGGCCGUUUCUCCGAACCACACUCGCGUUUUUACGCGGCGCAAAUCGUCCUAGCGUUCGAGUAUCUACAUUACCUCAACAUAAUCUAUAGGGACUUGAAGCCGGAGAAUCUGCUGAUCGAUUCCCAGGGUUACCUGAAAGUCACCGAUUUCGGUUUCGCCAAAAACGUGCAGGGCAGAACAUGGACCUUGUGCGGAACGCCCGAGUAUCUCGCGCCCGAAAUAAUCCUAAGCAAAGGUUACAACAAGGCCGUGGACUGGUGGGCGCUAGGUGUCCUCGUUUACGAGAUGGCUGCCGGUUAUCCGCCAUUUUUCGCCGAUCAACCGAUCCUCAUCUACGAGAAGAUCGUCGGCGGCAAGACGCGAUUCCCCACGCAUUUCGGUUCCGAUCUGAAGGACUUGCUCCGCAAUUUGCUGCAAGUCGAUCUCACCAAGAGGUACGGUAACCUGAAGGCCGGCGUGAACGACAUCAAGGGUCACAAGUGGUUCGCCCAUACCGAUUGGAUAGCAGUCUUCCAAAAGAAAAUAGAGGCGCCGUUCAUACCCAAGUGCAAGGGUCCCGGGGACACGAGCAACUUCGACGACUACGAGGAGGAGACGCUCAGGAUUUCGUUGACGGAGAAGUGCGCCAAGGAAUUCGCCGAAUUCUGAAUUUCCCAUCCGGAUAGAAGAUGGAUACACGUGUCGCGUAUUUAUUCAUACGCGAUGGUUCGUCACUCGUUGGUCGCUUUUCGGUCGAGAGAAAGAGAUAGAUGAAGUAAGAUGGAAUUAUUGGAUGGAGAGGGAGCGAACGAGAGAGUGAAAAAAAGAGUGAGUGAGAGCUGGCGAGGAGAGCGAAAGUGUAAGUAACGUAUGUAUGCAUGCAAGCGGGAAAGAAAGGAAAUACGGGUAUGAGUGAGCGCGAAUUGCAUGAUUGCGUGCGUGGUUCGGGGAAGCUCGCAGGCGAAGAUAGAAUUCAAGAUUUCGCCAGGGAUUUUUUUGGGGGGGGAGAAGAGUGAAACGUGCAAGAUAGCAUUAUAGCACAUAGCAGAUUUUGCGCUUUGUUAUUUUGUGUCCGAACUUACCACGAAUGGAGAAUCACGAGACGAGAUGGUAGCUGUCGAGCGUAUAGGGAAAGAGAGACAGCGCGCGCCAGAGAGAGGAAUAGAGGGAGACAAACAAAUAUAAUAUAUUAAAGAAACUACCUUUCGGUUGUUCCGCACACGGUAAUCGUAUACACCCCGUCGCCACCGCCGUCGCUACUUUUUACAUGAGAGAAUCUUUUUUUUGCCCCAGUCAAGUAUCUGUCGCAUCGACGUACGAGAACGAUGAAUGUAUACAUAUAUAUACAGAUCAAGAAAUACACAAUGAAUUAUGAAUAUAUACAUGUACGCGUAUAACGAGUUAACGAGUACAUACAUUUAUACGUACAAUGAAUGAUGAAUAUAUGUAUAUGUGUCUAUAUAUUCAUAAUAAUUGACGAACAUACAUGAAUAUGUUCACAAUGAAUGAUGAACAUAUGCAUGUAUACAGAUACAUCUAAAAAUCUGUAUAUAUUUGUAUAUAUGUAUAUAUUCAUAAUGACUGAUGAAAAUACAUAUAUGUCCACUCCGAAUAUAUACAUGUGUAUCUAUACAUCUGUGUAUAUAUUUAUACGCAGAUGAAUGUAUACAUGCACGUACGUGUGUGUGCAUACACGCACGUGCAUGUGUCUGUCCCCUACGGUGGCUAUAUCGUCCAGUUUGCGGAGAAGGUGUGUGUAAAGUUCGCUCUCGAUAAUUGUUACUAAUAUCGGAAACGUCGGCCCCCACCGGAGUUAUUUUGUACAUAAUAGCGUCGCUGUCUCUAUGAGUGUUCCCCGAGCCCCCUUUACACCGCGCCCCUCUUCUUCAUCGUCCUCUUAGCACAUACGUUUACAAGACUUUGCCGGGGAGUAGUCAUAAUACACCAACAAUCAAUUGUCAUGUCGUGCAUUGUUGUCUAUUUGUCUACAAGAAUUCCUUCUUCGACGUUGAGAGAACAUUUUUUGUCGCGAUAAUACGGAUACCAAUGUUUCUAUAUCGGUAGUCGUCACACGGUUAUUCCGCCGGAGUAAUGUUUACGUACCGACUUUGUUUUUGUUAUUUUCUUUUUUCGUUUUAUUAUUAUUUCUUUUUUUUUUCGUAUUUCCCAUCGAUUGCUCGCUUCUCGGAGAACAUCGGGAGGAGAGCGCGAGGGAGAGAGAUACCUUUAUUAUAGUAUAUUGUGAAUCUUAUAACAAAAAAUACUCGUUAUAUACUGGCUACAGAUGCUCGUUGUUGAAUUAUUGUACCUAACGUAAAUGGUAGGGGGAAAAAAAAGAGGAAAGAAAGAGAGCGAGAGAGAAUGAGUGUCAGAGGAACAAAAGAAGUAUUUGCGAAAAUAGGAUCGGCGCGGGGUACGAGCAAAUGAGGAUUCAUUUUUGGAACAUUUUUAAUAGAGGACCACCGGCGUUCGUACAUAGAUACAUUGUAAGAGUAAUUCAUAUAUUAUAUCGCCUGAAGUUGCUGUACGCAAAAGAAGCAACGUUAUCUUUUAUAUAGAGCUGCACUUUUAGUACGGAAUGUAAACAUACGGACAAUCCUGAUCGUGUAAGAGAACAAAAGAGGAGAAACGAACGGUGCACACUCGACAAAAGAGAAAUGAGAAAAUGAAAAAUGGCCAAAGGAAAUUGUGCAUACACGUACCGCGAGAAUGAAAUAUUUCGUCGAACAAUAGAGGCAAGGCGAAGCCGAAUUCGUUGAGAGGCCGUUCCGUGAAACGAAAGAGAAUUAAACGGAGAGACCAGCAACGGCAGCAGUAGCAGCGACAGCGAAUCUUACCCAAAGACUUGUUUAUUCAUUUUUUUAGACAACACUUUCUUUCGAGAUCACGUAGGAUACUUAACGGUGUCGUGCUCGAAUACGUUAUAUCUCGACGAUAUAAUAACACCCCCAUGACCAUUAACGAAUAAUGCGAAGUAUGGAAACACCAAUAUAAUAAUAACUUGAACAAUGAUUGCACUCGCAACCAUAUAAGUAUGCCCAAACGUGUACACUUAAAAUUGUGCUUAGGGUAUGAUAUUACGAAACUUUGUACGAGUAGCUGGGUUGUCGUCGAUAAUUGAAGUCGAUACGGGAUAUUUAGCUCUUCGAGUGCUGAAGAGGGAAUGCUUUCUUUCCAGGAUUUGUUUUGCCUCGAAUUAGAUAAUACAAGAAAAUUAUUUCAUGAACACAAUGUCAACCAAUCUGAGAGAUCUCGAACCUUUCUGUAUUGGGGGCUUACAAAUGUACACAAUAAGCUUGUUUACAUUGGUUGCGUGGGAUUUAGAAUCAAAGAUAAUAUUGACAGGCAGUAGAUAAGAGUUACCUUCCAAAGUGUCGUACAUAUUUGAGGUGAAUAUAUAUAUUUUCAAUCAGGUGCAGUUCAUUCUCUACUGGCAAUAGAAUCAUUUUUAGAGGUGUUAUUAAAAUUGCAACCAAAAUAGUCUGAUUUAACAAUUUCCAACUAUCAAGAGGUAACGCAAUGUGGAAGAAAACUCUGGACGGAUAUACGCGUAAUAGCACUCAAAGGGUUAAUUAUUACGCGGUAGAGUCAUCGUGCGGUUGAACGUCGACACCAUAUCGGCGCAAGUAUGGCGAUGUCGUAUCAAUUCGAUUCGGUGGCUUGGUCGAGACGUUAGUCGAUCACUCGAUCGUCGAAAAAGCGAGAUUGGUGUGGGUGGGAGGAUAAAUCUAUGUCUAAGAUGCGGUAACGUCAGCCAACUACUGCGGUUUCCACUUUCGUCCGACUUCGUCCUCCUUCCGAAUGAGACAAAACGUAACGAUCGAAGUCGCAGCUUAAAAAGAGAAAGGACGCGAACCGUGGUAGACGGAGAAAGGGAGAACGCGACGGGGAAAAUACAAGAGGAAAGUUAUAUAUCGCGAGGCAUACUUUUCGGUUUUACCGUGCGUGCGCCCGUAUCUAUACAAGGUGUCCCGUAAUUCGUGAUACGAUCAAGGUGGGGGUGAUUGCUCAUUCAAACGCAAGCUGAGAACGGCCUGAAUAACAAUUCCUUUAGCACUCGAAGCCUCGCGAAGCAGUCGAGUUUUGAAAAUUCAUCGGGUACGCGACAUCUGAUUUAUAUUUCGAUCCAAUACAUUUAAUAGUCGUUUUUCGAGCGCAAAAAUCUUAUGGAGUCGAGGCAUUCGAAUCGUGGAAGAGCUUGUAUACAAGGCUCGGGGGUUUUUGAGACGAGGAAAAUUCUUGGUUGUACAAGUAUAACAAAUAAACUUAUUAUUGGAGCUUAUUCGCGAAAGUAAACACAAAUUGACAGUGAUAUGCGUUAAAAUUUAUACAUUUAAUUGAAAUUCGGUUAGGUGUGCUCGACGAGCUUGAUUGUUUCGAAAAGUACACCUUGUAGGAGGAAAAGCGAUUACUCGUUUUUCCGCUUGUAGCACGAAUUACAGGACACCUUCGAGCGUGUCGUCCAUUUGCAACGACGGAUGUGCAACUUUACAUCGCUCGAAGGUCGCGGAUUGCGCAUCCACGAGAAACUGGUCGCCAAAAUCUGAUACUCGAAAAACAUAGUUGUGUCACUCCGAUUGCAAACGGACGGCACGUGCGUCACGGUAACACACGGGCACAAAUAGACCAGAGAAACGGAGUGUCGUUCCUUUUCGUCGCGUUUAUAUCUCCUGGGUUGCAUAGUGGCUCGAAAAACUAUUUGCAUGUCUUUUUGGAGGUAAAGAAGCACCACGUUAUUAUGGUGUUCAUGUACGCUUCAUUGUACACGGAAAAAAUAAAUUGAUAAUUUGUUGUUUGAAAAUAAUACAAGAAUGAAAGUUUCAUAGCCAAGACAGUAUUUGUAUACUAGUCUCAUGACUCUCUACUUGUACAAAAAAAAAAAGUUGUUUAUCAAUUACGCCUCUCGAUGUAAUAAUUUUUAAAAAUCUGUUCUAGAUAAAUGCAUCGUUACUUUUACUUCAUAAAUUACCUCACGAGAAGUAUCGAUAAAAUUGCUCCAAAAAUAGUCUGAUUUAAUGAUUUCACUUGCCUGUAAUCAACGAAAGAUUUAAUAAUUUUAUAACCAUCAGGAGGUAAUGGUGACGUGGAAUCUAAAAAACGUAGGCGUGCAAAUACUUUUUCCUCCGUCUGGAGAAUGCUAGCAUAGGUUCAUUUGCAUACGUUGCUACGUUACAAGAACAAAAAGAGGAAUAGGAACGGGUUGGGAAGCCAGACAAAGAGACGCGAAAUUCUUGGCGAGGAAAUUACGCGGCCAAGGGGAUCGUGCUUUCGGAUAGCCAGUUUCUUGGCCAAUGUUCUACCUGCUCAUGUGGAAUGUAACAUUGUCACUCUGGCGUUUGCAUCGACGACACGGUUGCACGCUGUCGUCUCUCGACAGUAUUUUCAAUGUAUGGUUUGGAGGAGCGCGAGAUCACUCGUUCCUGAAUUUUCUCGUGUCUAGAAUCUCGAAAUGUAAUAUCGUCUUUCUGCCGUUUACGUUGAUGAUAAGGGUGGUAGCAUUGUGGCCAAUCCGUCUUCUCUUGACAGUCUUCUUGAUUUAUGUGGUGGAGAAAUGUGAGAUCGCUUGUUCCUUAAUUUUCCCGCACUUAGGGGCUCGAAAUGUAAUAUUGUCUCUCUAGCGUUUGCCGACGAUAAGAUUGGUAGCAUUGUGACCAACUUGUCUUCUCCCGCCACUCUUCUCAAUUAAAAUGUUGGAGGAAUGUAAGAUCGCUCGUUCCAUAAAUUUCCCGGCGCCUAGGAGCUCGAAAUUCAAGAUCGAAGAUUGCAACGCUUGCGUUUCUCCGUACCAAAGACUUAGCUUCCUUCCAUCUCUAUUUCUAUCAAUUUCCAGUUAUCUAUCAUCGGUACUCGUAAAAGAAUUAAUUUUGGAGGAUAAUAAAGUUCCAAUCGAUCAGUGAUUCUAAUCGACUUACCAGAUACUUAACGGAUCCGAAGCUGUUAAAUUCCUUUACGACAAAUUCCAUUCAUAGAAGUUUCGCAUUAUCUCGUGCAUACAUCAUUGCGUUCGGAUGAUCUAAAUUUAUCCAGUCGCGCUUACAGAUACCGAAUUCGCGUAAAGACGUGAUCGAAUCUUCUGCCAGCUGUAGCACUUGGUCUCGUAGGUAAACAAUCUCUCUAUCGAAGGUACCUCGUUAACUAAACUACGAAAAUUCUUGGAACGGUCACGGAUACGUUAUCGCGAAUGAACUGUACAUACAAACGCGGACUGUGUUUUCAUGAAACGAAAAGAAAAUGGAACGCAUCCGAUUAUGAUUAUUCGUAACUGUCCUAGGGCAACCAUAAGUCCAUCGUCUCAGUUUUAUCGCCGUGGAUGGGAAGCGAUAAGACACUCGUUCACCGAGUAUUACUUUCCGUGGACACGAUAAUCGUUCGCGUUCGAGUGGUUACAGAUUACUAAAUCUUAACGGGCUGUAAGCACACUCGAACGAUAUUUAUUUUGUGGAACGAUGAGUGCGUAGGUGUGCUUCAGGUAUCACGAAGGAUGAUUUGUAUUUAUUUCGCGCCAGAAUUCAGUGGAAGAUGUCUUUUGUAAAUAUUAGUCAUAGGUAAUUGUUUAAGCUGUUGUAUCGUCCACGUUUAUCGGUAGCUACGCUUCGUUAAGUAAUACUUUUUCCGACGAAUUGGCUGCGGAACGUCCCGAUAAGUCGUUUUCGAUUACGUAUUCUUGUACAAUACAUCGUGUCCACACUUUCCUUUCAAGCUCGAUAUUCCGUCACAAUACGCUUGUCGUUCGGACUCGCAGAUGAUAGCGUGGUCUCUUGGUUCAGUGAUCGAUCGUUGCGCAAUCGUUACCCGUUAGACAUUUAAAUAUUCGCGUGUAUAAAUAGUUACGCAACGAUAUCGAAACCAUCUUCGUUCAAGUUCGCAUAACAAGUGGUAAAUUGCAUCCGUUCGCAAGCAUGCCUGGUAAUAACGACCGUGUUUCUCUUUGUGUUUAGUGCUCUACGUGUCUUUUAUCCGCUGGCUACUGUAGACGUUCGUGCUCAUUCACGAUAGGCAGGAUCUAUUUUGUGGAUCGUUGCCGACUACAAAAUUCCUUAGGCGAUAGGCUUACUCUGGCUGAAUGGGACAAUUCGUCUGUAGUUGGAUCUGACUCUAAUUUGGGAAUCGUUUGUAGGGAAUCGAUUUUUAUGAAAUUUUUUUUUACGCCAAAGGUUACAGAAAACUUGGAUUUAUCUGCAGACGAGUGAAUACUGAAACGAAUAAAACAUGCAAUCACAUCCAACUGAAAUUCAAUUCCGAAUUACAGCAGUGGAUGUUGUUGAUGUUCCAAAGAGGCACACUUUGAAUACAACAGCAAGCCUUGUCUGUACUUCAAGUGCAAAAGGUUAGCAGUCGUUAAGUUCUCGUUAAAAGAGAGUUCUGUCUAGAAACCGCCGUCUUUAUUAUUCAGCCGUUUCAUUUUAUCGCUCGAGUCCGAUAAAAUGCGCAACUGAGAAAUUUAAUCGUGUCGUAAAGCAACUUUUUUUAUCUACAAUUAUUAUUCCACAGGAUAAACGACAGCUACAUCUCCUUAUUACAGAAUAUAACGAUGAUAGAGAAUGAGAUUCAACGCUAGGUUUAUGAAGCACGAUCAUUUUGAUCUGUUCCAAAUUUCACAAGGAAUGUUACAGAAAUUAUUUACAUUUUUUGUCAAUUACUUGUGCUGACCUUUAUUUAAAUAAAGAGACAAACAUGCAAUAUAAUAUAACGUAAUCUUAUAAAAUAGUACACAGAAAAGUUCAUGGGAAGCAAACGUUCAAAAAAAAAAAAAAAAAAAAAAAUAAAAAAAAAUAAAAAAAAUGAACAAUGCAGGACGCUUGGAAGCUCCCGGAAAACCUAGUGUUGGAAACUCACGACCAUACAGCGUUGUAUAUCGAUGGCCACUUACCGUCUGUCGGUCUGGCGUUCUCGAAUUGGAAUUAAUUAUUCAUUGAACAUAGAUCAAGUGCAAUUCCGCUCAUGGAAAGCGGUCAAUUGCGUUAGUUUAUUGUUUCACCCAUUGUCAUGUAACGCUUCGCCUUCGGCGUUCAUUAAUACCGUAGCACAGUGGAAUAGUUCUUGCCUCCACGACCGUAUCUUAUCGAGAUAUCGCGGAGGAAGCGAAACCUAACCCAAUAAGCAACCGAUCGUAGGAAACGAUAUCACCUUAGCGGAUCUUAAUUAGACCGGGAACGGGUUUGAGUAUUACGGUGGAAGUAUUCUGACGUUUUUCGUUGAAAAUAUACAAAAUCCACUGUCGAAGAUCAAUUAAUCUAUAGCGCGUUUUAUAUUUUGCCCCGAGUAUCCAUUGAAAAAAAUGAAAAUGGCGUUCCUUCACGCAUCAGAACUCUCUAGUCCAAUCACAAUCGUGAACGAUAAUGAAACGUCCGUGUCGAUUCUACGCCGCAAAAAUGGCUACUCGAAAAACGAAUCUCGCAGUCCUCCCCCUCGUCGAUAUUUUUCAAUUAAAACGUAGUUUAACCUAAUUUAUCAGUACCUUUUCGUGCUCCGCGUAAAAAGCGACGGCAAUUAGUGUUCUCCCAACUUCUCUCUGUUGUACGAUUUCGCAGCGAAACUUGUUCAUCGUUCGACACCUUUUAUACGAGUUUUUAUCAGUUCUUCGCAAAGUGAUUUAGUUUCCUUCGUCGCGAACGUAGUCAGGGGAGGCAGGCUUUGCCAUCUGAUUUGCAUAACGAAGGUUUAAUGAAUUGGUUCACCUCCGCUGUGAUGCUUGGAAAUGUUUCUCGUCGAAAAUGAAGCUGAAAAUUCGAUCACUUGAGAAUAUUAGGUCGGCCGCAAGUUUGUGACGCAAAUUGCGUUUAUAUUUAAUAAAAAAAGAAAAAAUCUUUAUUUCAUAUAACACGAUAAUAAAAUUUUAUAGCGACGGUAUAAUGAUUGUCGGAAAGGUCAUAAAGGAAAGGAUCGUAGAGAAAAGAAGGGUGAAUACAUCUUUUUUUUUUUUUUUUUAUAAAACGAGAAGGUAUGGUUCACAGUAAUGAAUAAUGUCACAGCCAUAAGCGGCAUGAACUUGUGGGAUGACCUAAUGUCAUUGACGAUUAGUCGCGUCGAGUGAUUUGUUGAUAUUAAAAUUGGAAAAUAAAAUCGACGAUUAUCAAUAUUAUUGUGGAUGUUUAUGUAGAUUCAUAUCUUCACAGAUACAGAAAAUGACUCGUUGAAACACAUGCUUUAAUGUUAUCAGUAUUUUUAGUUAUAUUCAGUUGGACUAGAACGCCUUCGAUAGUUACGACAGCAGCGUUGCUGGUCGUAACGCGAUGGCUCAAUAAGGGAAUUUGUUACUCGAUAAUAUCGAACUGCGACUCUGUAAUAUAUGGACGUGGAAAUUUUUCCUAUCAUCACAGUUUUAUCAACCACCGAACGCAACGGUAGUUAAUAUUACCUUUGUCCUUUCUUUUGACGGACGUAUCUAUCGAAAAUCGAUCAGCGUUGCGCUUUUAGCUCGCCAAAUCCGCUGGAAGAUUUGCAAGAUUUGUACAAUAAUAAAAAGCCGGACAAAAUUUUUAACUCUUCCCGUGGAACGUUUUCGU